AUGACCAAGGAGGUUGUUCACGUGAUAGACCUUGAAAGCGGGAACUUGCGUUCGCUCCAGAAUGCCAUCGAGUAUUUGGGGUAUGAGGUCGAGUUUAUCAAGCACCCUCUGGAUGGUUCUUUAAUGCAUGCACAGAAGCUGAUUUUGCCUGGUGUCGGUAACUUUGGCCACUUUGUCCGCGAAUUCCACGCCCGUGGGUUUGUCGAACCACUGAAAGAGUACAUCAGUAGCGGAAGACCGCUUAUGGGUAUUUGUGUGGGACUGCAGACGUUUUUCAACACUUCUGAAGAGAGUCCAGAUAUUAAAGGACUCGGGCUUUUAAACCACGAUCUGACCAGAUUCGACGACUCCGACAAGUCUGUGCCGGAGAUUGGCUGGAACUGUGUUGAGACAACCGUCGCCGACCCAAACACCCUCUUCAGCAUGGAUCCAGGGUCCAGAUUUUACUUUGUUCAUUCCUACGCAGGUAUCGUCAGUUCUGAGGAUAUCCAACGUCUUGAGAAAGACGGCUGGGAUCUUGCAACCGCCGUGUAUGGAUCGCAAAGAUUUAUCGCUGCUAUCGUGAAGGACAACAUUUUCGCUACACAGUUCCACCCAGAGAAGUCGGGGCUUGCUGGACUUAGACUGAUUGACUCGUUUCUGAAGCAGCAGAAAUUCACUAAGAUCGUUAAUAAGGCUAUGAGCGAUGUUGAAAAAACGCCAACAGGACUUACUCGGCGUAUUAUUGCCUGUCUGGACGUCAGAAGCAACGACAAGGGAGAUUUGGUGGUCACAAAGGGUGACCAGUACGACGUGAGAGAAAAGACAGACGGUGGAGACGUCAGAAAUCUUGGAAAGCCUGUGGAAAUGGCCGAAAAGUACUACAGACAGGGAGCAGACGAGGUUACGUUCUUGAACAUCACGUCUUUCAGAAACUCACCUGUUCGUGACGCUCCAAUGCUGGAGGUUCUGAGACUUGCUGCCAAGACCUGUUUUGUGCCGCUGACCGUUGGAGGAGGAAUCAAGGACGUUGUGGAUCCAGAUGGAUCUCAAAUCUCUGCUCUGGAGGUGGCCACGCUCUACUUCCGUGCUGGAGCAGACAAAGUUUCGAUUGGUUCUGACGCCGUGAGCGCAGCCGAGAAGUUCAUUGCUUCCGGCGGACAAAAGUCCGGCACUACCCCAAUAGAGACCAUUUCCAAAGCGUACGGUAUCCAGGCUGUGGUGAUUUCGGUUGAUCCUAAACGGAAAUACGUUUCCGACCCGGCAGACUGCAAGUACAAGUGCAUCGAGACCAAGAUUCCGGGUCCUAACGGCGAGAAGUACUGCUACUACCAGGUCACCUCGCAGGGAGGACGCAAAACUCAUGAGCUUGGUGCUUACGAGCUGUGCCAGGCUUGUGAAAAGCUGGGAGCAGGAGAGAUCUUGCUCAACUGUAUCGACAAGGACGGAAGCAACUCGGGCUACGACUUCGAGCUGAUCUCUCAGAUCAAGGGAGCGGUUUCGAUCCCAGUGAUUGCCUCCAGUGGUGCAGGAAAUCCAGAACAUUUCGAGCAGGUGUUCAAGAACACAACCGUCGACGCUGCUUUGGGAGCAGGUAUGUUCCACCGUGGAGAAUACACCGUGAAACAGGUCAAGGACUACAUGAAUGACCACGGAUUGUUGGUGCGACUAGACGAGGGAAUGGAAUAA